GGGACCGGGACCCCCUGCCCCGCCCCGCCGCGGGGCGCAGCGCGGCCAGAGCCCCGAAGGUGGAUCUAUCCGAGCCGCCCGCGGGGCGCGGAGGGGCGCGGAGCGGAGCCAGCCGCCGGCAUGGAUGUAAGAUUUUACCCGGCUGCCGCGGGCAGCGCCCUGCCCGGGGACCCCGCCAGCCUGGACUUCGCCCAGUGCCUGGGUUACUACAGCUACGGCAAGUUUGCGAACAAUAACAACUACAUGAACAUGGCGGAGGCGAAUAAUGCAUUUCUUACUGCAAAUGAGCAGACAUUCCAUACUCCAAGCCUCGGUGAUGAAGAGUUUGAGAUUCCACCAAUUACACCCCCUCCUGAGUCAGACCCCACGCUGGGAAUGGCAGACAUCUUGUUACCAUUUCAGGGACUAGGUGAACAGUUGUCUGCACAAGGAAAUGAAUUUACACCCCAGUUUCCUCCACAGAGCUUGGAUCUUCCUUCUAUUACAAUAUCUCGAAAUCUUGUGGAACAAGAUGGUGUAGUCCACACCAAUGGAUUACAUAUGGACCAGAAUCACACACCAGUUUCUCAGUAUCGUCAAGAUCCUUCUUUGAUCAUGAGAUCUAUUGUCCAUAUGACUGAUGCUGCUCGUUCAGGAAUUAUGCCUCCUACUCAACUGACUACCAUUAACCAGUCUCAGCUAAGUACACAAUUGGGGCUAAAUUUAGGAGGCACUAAUUUGCCCCACACUUCUCCAUCACCUCCUGCCAGUAAAUCAGCAACUCCUUCCCCAUCCAGCUCUAUAAAUGAAGAGGAUGCAGAUGAAUCAAAUAGAACUGCUGGAGAGAAAAGAGCUGCUCCAGAUUCUGGCAAGAAGCCCAAGACUCCGAAGAAGAAGAAAAAGAAAGAUCCCAAUGAGCCACAAAAGCCAGUGUCAGCAUAUGCCCUAUUCUUCAGGGACACACAAGCUGCAAUUAAAGGACAGAACCCUAAUGCUACAUUUGGAGAGGUUUCAAAAAUAGUGGCAUCAAUGUGGGACAGUUUAGGAGAAGAACAAAAACAGGUAUAUAAAAGGAAAACUGAAGCUGCCAAAAAAGAAUACCUGAAGGCACUUGCUGCCUACAGAGCUAGCCUUGUUUCCAAGGCAGCUGCAGAAUCAGCCGAAGCCCAGACAAUUCGUUCCGUUCAGCAAACAUUGGCGUCCACUAACUUGUCUUCCUCCCUUAUUCUGAAUACUCCUCUUUCUCAGCAUGCAACAGUUUCUGCAUCUCCUCAGACUCUUCAGCAGUCCCUUCCCAGGGCAAUCGCUCCAAAACCUUUAACCAUGAGACUGCCAAUGAAUCAGAUUGUAGCUUCCGUUACCAUUGCACCAAACAUGCCAACAAACAUUGCAGCCCCAUUGAUAAGCUCUAUGGGAACAAAUAUGGUGGCAACACCAUCUUCAUCUCAAGUAAGCCCCUCAAUGCAAACCCAGCAGCAUCAGAUACAACAGCUACAGCAGCAGCAGAUGCAGCAGAUGCAGCAGCAGCAACUACAUCAGCACCAAAUGCAUCAACAAAUCCAACAGCAAAUGCAACAGCAGCAUUUUCAGCACCACAUGCAGCAACAUUUGCAGCAGCAGCAGCAUCUUCAGCAGCAAAUUAAUCAGCAGCAAAUGCAACAGCAGUUACAACAUAUACAGCUGCAGCAAAUGCAGCAGCAGCAGAUGCAACACAUGCAACACCAGUCCCAGCCUUCUCCUCAGCAGCACUCCCCUGUAGCCUCACAGAUAACUUCCCCCAUCCCUGCCAUUGGGAGCCCUCAGCCAGCACCUCAGCAGCAUCAGUCACAAAUACAAUCCCAGACACAGACUCAAGUGUUAUCACAGCUUUACCUACAAUAUGUGAAUCAAAUGGCUUAAUAAAUACCUGGACCUUCUGACUGCAAAAUGGCCCUUCUGAAUUAUGUAAUAGUGAGUAAUUAUAUUGUUCUUUCUCUAGAAGUGAUUAAUGCACUUAAGACGGUAUGAACUCACGAAGUCCUUGAAGCACAGUUGUAACUACCUGUAAAAUGGUGAUUGGAUUUCAUACAGUCAUAUUUGUAUGACAUGAGUAGUUGAUGGCAUUUUUUGUCACAAAAAAUCGUAAAUCACAGAUUUUUGCCAAAGCUUUUAAGUUUUUCUUUGAUGUCUUCAGAAAAACAAAUGCAAGUGACUGAACGUAAAUGUUUGACCUAUCUUUUCACUUUGAUUUCUCCAAAUAAACCUACCGUGCUUUGUAACAAAAUAUAUAUUGACACUGUUACCCCUGUUAUGUUAAUUCCAGUUGCAAAACAAAUGUGAAUAUUAUAUUCUGUGUUUAAGUGAUGAGUUUCAGAUUUAAUACACUGUAUUUUUAAAAGGGAAAUGCACUUAAAUAAAACUGUUAUUACAAAAGCUAAGAUUAAAAAAAUGCAAGAGUUUUUAAAAUGCUGUAAUACCAGUAGAAUAUUUAAAAUAAGCUCCACAUCUGAAUAAUCAUUGUAAAUAUUUUCUUUAAAAGUUGUAAGUUUUCAUAUCAUGUGUUGUAAAGUUUUCAUAAAUGAGGCUUUAAUGUAAACACUGGUAACAUGAACUAUUAAUUGCUACAUUGCUUAUUGUGUUUUUAUGCUGUUUUAUACUUUUUUAUGAGUUAUGAUAGCAGCAAUUAAGUUGUUUGUAUUUUGCUUAUCUAAAAUAAAUGCUUUUAUCUUGCUAUAGAAUAAACACAUUUCAGUAAAACUCA